UUUGAGCAGUCACUUGAGCGUGACGAGGGCUCAGUGGUAAUUUCAAGGACAUCGACCUCUCUCGACGUCACCGUCCUUCUGUUUCCCCAUUCAUAACGCGGCUCGAACACGGAAUAUGUCGAAGUAACAUGCAAAGGGGGCGCCUGUCCCUUUAAGCGUUAUGUAGCCGGGCUGGUCAAUGGAGGGCGAGCGACCGUACGCGUUCCUGCCUGAGCUCCGGCUGCCAUCCCCAUCAUGGCCUCCGCACCGACACCGCCGACUCCGCCGCAACCGAGGAUGAAGCGACCAGCCAGCGGCCCUUGCCUUCCCGACGCGGAGACGGACGCGAAGCCGAAGCAGAGGCACCGGUAGAGGCGAGCCGCGCCGGGGAGAGCCGCCUCACACAGCCGAUGCCACCCCGGUCUCCCCCGUGCCUUGUACGGCUACAAGAUAAAGGAGGGUGCGAACCCGGGCGGUGGCAUAAACAUGUCAACAAACAGGGAUUAUUCUGUUAAUCUAUCGGUGCAGCAAGUGCUGAGUCUUUGGGUGCAAGGGACGACGUUGCAGCACUUCACAGAGAUGUGGUACUGGGUGUUCCUGUGGUGUCUCUUCUCCUCACUCUUCGUCCACGGGGCGGUGGGGCUGCUCAUGUUCGUCAUGCUGCAACGCCACAAGCGGGGUCGUCUCAUCACCGUCGUGCUGGUCAGCGUGGGUUUCCUAGCCUCCCUCUCCGGAGGCGUCAUCACCAGCGCAGCAAUAGCGGGCGUGUACCGCGUAGCAGGGAAGGACAUGGCACCGCUGGAGGCUCUGCUUCUUGGCGUGGGCCAAACCAGCCUCUCCGUCGUCAUAUCCUUCUCACGCAUCCUGGCCACACUAUGAAAUGAAGGUAAUCCUUGAAGGACACAGACUGGAUGAAUGGCAUUCAAUCAGAGAUUUUGAACAGCACUCAACUUGGCCUCUGGACCUUUGGGACUGGGUCCAAAAGUCUUAGUUCUGUUACUGCCACAGUUGCGAGAGCAGCACCUUCUUUGCAGAUUCAGAGGGACCUCAAUUCCGCGCAAGCAGCGCCGGGCAAACUCACCGCCAUCCUCAGCUUCUGGACUGAAAGCCAUGUCGGUGGUGUUUCCAGAGGUAACUCUGUGCCAACAGUAUUCUCUGGGAUGUCCAGCAUGCCUUUUGUGGACACUGACCCUCGAAGGGUAUUCCUAAUUAGGGAAUCAUGGGAAAUUUCUAAAGCAUAAAACUACUGUGGGAUCCUUUUUUUAGACUCCACUCGAGAACAAACGCUGAGCACUGAUUACCCUACAGCUUUUAUCAACUAUACAAUAUGAAUAAUCACACCGAGGUUUUAUGCCACAGCGCACAGAUUCUCAUUCCUUUUCCAUACACAGCUUCAAUGCUGGAUUAUCCAAUUGCAGCUCACAGGUGUUUAAGCGAAGUGAAUUCAGCAAACAUGAAACAAGUAUCAGUGCCAAAAACUGCUUGGGAGUAAAAAUUGGCUGAAAGUAAUCCUAAUUUACUUUCAUGAAAAUGUGAGCAUUGCUACAACUGUUUGCUCUUCACUUUAAAGCCCACAUUACUGUGGAUUUAUUGCUUUUGAUUGAUUUAUUUAUUUAUUAUUACAAUGUCAACCUUUGAAUAAAACAAUGAACUGGCUGCCUGAGCUCUUGGUAGGGAUGUCCCGAGCCGAUCCGAUCACGUGAUCGAAAAUCGAGGUCGAUCACGUGAUUUCAGCUGAUUGAGAUCGGAUAAAUUUUUUUUUACAUUUUAAAAAAAAAGAACAAUUCACUUUCUGCCAUUUUAAAUGUCACAAAGUGACAAAAUAAUCAAGGUGCAAAGAUCUUGCCAAAUGGAACAGUAAUAGCUUCAUUUUAUAUUACACCAACCAAGUGUGAAUUAUUUUGUGACAAGCAAGCUUGUGGUCAUAAAUCAGUAGUGUCGUUUGUCGAUGAGCCGACUCUACGCACGUGACGUAUCCCGCCAACUUGCGUGGACCGUCGUUAUAACCCUAAGACACACGCUGAACUAAAAAAAUAAUGUAAAUUGUUAACCAUGCGCUCAGAGCAAUCUCCCAUACUAUGUUAAAGCUUCUAUGAUGCCAUUCCACUGAUUUGGUGCUAUUUGCAUCCCAGGAAACAAAAUGUAGAAAUGCCCCAUGAAAACAUUAUUAAGCAUCCUGCACACUCACCUGUAAUUUGCUUAGUGUUAACAUUCUAUUAGCAUAAAUGUCAUGUGGCUAUAUUUCAUGUAUUUGCUAAUAUUAUGUUAAAAACCCUCUCCUGUUUAUAAAAAAAAAUAAAAAUGAAUAUUUCAGUUGCCUGAGUUGGACCAAUACAAAUUUUGAGUAGUUCAAUAUUUGUACAGUGUGCGUGUUUGUGAAUGGCCCAUAUAAUAUAUUUAUGUUCUUGGUGUGUGUGUGCGUGUAUAUACAUACACACACACACACACACACAUCUCUCUCUCUCUCUCUCUCUCUCUCUCUCUCUCUCUCUCUCUCUCUCUCUCUCUCUCUCUCUCUCUCUCUCUCUCUCUCUCUCUCUCUCUCUAUAUAUAUAUAUAUAUACAUAGAUAUAUAAAAUAUAUAUAUUUGUGUGUAUAUGUAUACAUAACUAUAUACAUACACAUGUGUACUUGUAUUGAGAAAAUUUGGAUGUAUGCGCUUUAAUGCAUUGUCAAGGUAUCGGAUCGGGACUUGGUAUUGGCAAAUGCUUAAAAUCAAAAACUCUGACUCUGGUGCAAAAAAAUGUGCUUGGGACAUCCCUCGCUCUUGGUAAUACAAAUGGGCUCAAUUAACUUUAUUCAUGUCCUACAAAAAUGGAAACAUCUUGAGUUGGAACGUUGGAAACUCUCCAUGGGAAUAAACCAGGAAUUUACAAAUUAGAAGGUUGGAGUUUAACAGUAAAUUUAAAUAUAGUUGGGGUAAAUACUGCAUAUUUUAGCAUCAUCCUGACUAAAACGAUCAGUUUUCAUGCAAAUACAGUGGUACCUUGACUUACAAGUGCUCCAACUUAAGAUGUUUUCAAGUUAUGGGUCCUGGUUUGAUCGAUUUUUGGAAAGGAAAGGUAUCAAAUUUGCAGGGAUAUAUGCUCAUGACAAAACAAGAUGUUUAUAUUUAUGCUCGAAUGUGGUACCUUCCCAUUAAAUUACCAGUUAAUUCCCAUGGAACUUUUCCAAUAUGGAAUAUUAAAAAAAAUCCCAAGCUUAGAUUGCCAUGGAAGUUUAAGAGACAUUUUCUUAUUUUGUUUGUAUUUAAAAAACCCAUGUCCCUUAAGUUCUAAAGGUUUGAUUUUGUCAAGUCCGAACAAGCUAGCGCUUCAUAAUUCACUGCGGACCAGUAGGUGGCAGCGUGGUCCCACAACACUGUCAAAGAAGCAUGCUAAUUCCUGAGCAGUAGUGGAAGUGGGAAAAAAACAACAAACUAAUUUCAAAGCAGGUUCAUGGCCACUUGCUGCUGCUUCUUGACAGCAAAAGUUUUUUCAAGGUAAGAUGAAUUAACGCGAGCUUGUUCAGGUGCUUACAAGUGGAGUCUUUAGCUUUGCAUUUUGCACUGAGUUUACGCUUACUUUGUUUUAGCGUGGAAUGGUGCAACUCUGGCCUGACCCAUUACAGUGAGAGUGAUUACAUUCUUUUUAUUAUUUUUUUUUUGGAGGGGGUCUGACACACUUGUAGUCAUGAUAAUUGUUGCAUCAGAGGUUUAAAAAAAAAUUUUGAAAAAACAUAACUGGUUUCUUAAUUUAAUGCUGGCCGAAAAUUAAAACAACACAUGGCACCAAACCCAAAAGUAAGAAGUAGAUGGGUAAUUAUGCCGAAGUAUCACGAAUAUACUAGCUUCAUUUGUCUUAUCUCAGUUUAGUGAAUUUUUUUGAAUGCAUUGCUGCUUCCAGAUUGGUGGUUAAAGGUCACGGCUGCUAUGAAGGAGUGUUUUUGAGGUUUUCUUUUUUGUGCCUUUCUCAAGGUAAACACCACCUUUUAGAGGAGUUAUGUAACUGACAUGGCUCACCUUCACUCGCAGUUUCGUCCACAAGAGGGCAUCGUUGUACUGAAUUAAAAGAUGUGAAGUAUGGUGACGACAAAUGAGACAUUUACUCCUUAAUUGUGUUAGCCACGAUGUUCAUCGAUAUAACUAGAAUUGGAAAGCCAACCUAAACCCACCAUUUUAAUCCACGUAACAAUGCCCUUUCUGUCUUAAGGAUUUCCCUCUUUUUCAGUUACCAAUGUUGAGUUGCUAGUGACUCACCUGCUGUGUUGGAAUUGAAUUUUGAAUGUAUUUCUUUUUGGUGCAAAUUUCCUCAUGUAUGUGUGAUUUUAAAGUUGCUGUUGCAGUGUGUGUGAUUUCUACCAACAGCAGUAAAUUCAGGUGCUGUGCUUUUAUCUUAUUAACAUUUUUAAAGCAGUAUUUCCCAACCUUUAUUGAGCCAAGGUACAUAUUGUAGAAAAAUGUCAAUGUCACAUGUCACAAUCAAACAUGUAUGUCACAAUAACUAUAAGUAUACUGAAAUAACGAUGAUCUCUUCUAAAUGUAUUUAUUUUUACAAAUGUACUGACUCAGUGUGAAAACUGGGCCUGUUUAGUAGGGCACAAACUUCUUAUUUUGUUGUAUCAAUGGCAACAGGUGGACACGCAUUAAUUAUACCUUCUGCCAACUCGUGGAAGAGCAUUUAAUUGUUCUGCCUGUCACCAUAUGUCGCUGGCAUAGCCUAAUGAACAAAGAUACAUGAUUUGUAGUUAAACAACAAACAAACAAAAAACAUUUCCAGACCAGUUAACCUGAUUAAAUUUACCUGAUGAUCUCUCAGAGCACAGUUGUUGGGAAUCACUGCACAAAAAGCAAAUGUGCCAUGAGCAAAUGUGAAUAUACUUUUUACUUUUCUGCUAAAUCUUCUGCUCUUUUGAAAUGCAGUAGAAGUUGCGUGUCUGUGUUUACUGCAAUAUCUAAGGAAACACCCAGCAACAAAAAAUCCUCUCCAGACAUUGAGCAUGCCGUUGCAGUGUUGCAAGAUGCCCAGCUGUUAUUAUUCCCCAUCUCGGUGAAAAAAAUGCCCCCUCACUCUGUCACCCAAAUGCCACAUUCGCCUGUUACACUGAGAUGAGAACCCCUCUUUACCCGCUGUGAUUGCAUGUGCGGUGUGCUCACGGGUGAAUGGACUACGGACAAUCUUAACGAGAGACGAUGUUGUCCAAAACCCAAUGUGGCACUUGUAGAUAAUGUAUAAUAUGUUAAUUUUUUUUUUUUAAUUUUAUACCAGCCAAACAGCUGAUAUUUAUAACAAUGGCUUAUUGUUGUAAAAAAAAUGGUUCCCUGUAAAUAUCAGCUGUCAGUUGAAAUAAAAA